AUGGUCAAGAUAGAGCUGGCCGAACAUACUCAGCCUCCCCUAACUAAUACCGCCGUGGGGGCUCGCAUGAGCGGCGAGACCGCCUUCCAGGGUGGGACUGAGCCACAGCAUGGGACUGGCGGUUGCUGGUUCUGCGCUGUCACCCAACGCCCUCGAUACGGUUCUCGUGAAUACGUGGACUCCAUGACCUCAUCUGGCCCGACACAGUCAACAGGACGCCGAGGUGGGGAUGGUAGGGCGAUCCGCGACAGGGAUAGCGGCAAGAAGCCGUCCGAUGAACCUGGAGACCGCUUGGACCGAGCCCUGAGCAAACGGGCGGGGGUGAGGGUUUCUCAUUGUUGGCUGUUUUAUGACCCACGGUGA